AUGCUUGACAUAAUUCAAGGUGUUUUGGAAUCUUCUAUUCCAAACCAAGGGGGAGAACUGACAAAGACUUUUGGUUCUGGUAAAGGAGCUGAAGAAGAAGAUGAAACUGACAAGUUAAAGUGUAAAGCUCGCGAUACUGAACAAGAUGAAAACUUGCGAGUCGCUAAUGAGGUUGAGGAAAAAGAGAAGACAGCUCGUGAAGCUAAGGAUACAUUGAAAACUCAAAAGACACUUUUUCCUUUAUGGACAUUAGAGCAAAUUCUAAAUGAGGCCAUCGAUUACCCGAAUGCUUAUUCGUUAGAGCCUGUUGCUUUUGACAAGAUUGUGAAUGCUCCUAUUCCAAAUUAUGAUGUUGAUCAGGCACUCUUUUCGUUUAAUCUAAAGCAUAUUAAGCCUCAAUACGAAACAUGGAGCUCAAAAAAGAUCACAGUGGUCAAGGUGUUCGAACCAAUUGAAACUGAGAGCUUUCUCAACGCUCGUUUCAAGGUUGCUCAUGGUACUGCGAGUUCAACGUUAGAAUUUAAUCUCACAGAUAUGACCUACCUCAAUCCAUUAAUUUAG